AUAGUAAAAGAACCAACAUUUGAUAAAAACAAAGGUCCACAAUGACAACUCAACACAAUAAAGAGAAAAACAGAGGAAGAAGAGAGAGAAAAUCAAAAGAAUAAAAAGACUCAUCAACCAUUCCUUAACCUCAAUAUUCUUCCUCUUUCCCUUUCUUCUAUAUCAACCCAACUCAACUCCUUAGAUAAGACUUCUUCUUCUUCUCCCUCCUUCUCUUUCUCUCUCUACUUUCUCUCUCCACCAUGAAAAAACUCUACCGCAAAGGUCAAGUUCACCCUUCACCUUCACCUUCACCUCCACCAUCUUCCGAUCAAUUUUCUCUCUCCUAUCUUCCUGCUGCAAUCCUAACUCUUGCUGCUACUCUCUCUCCUCAAGACAAAGAAGUCUUAGCUUAUCUUCUUUCUUGUUCCUCUUCUUCUUCUUUUUCUACCCCUUUUGAUUUUGACCCUUCUAAAUCCUCUGCCAAAAAACAGAGCAAUUUUAAUAAUAAUAAUAUUACUAAUAAUAGUAAUCUUCAGCAACACCCUCCUUAUUCGAGCUGUUAUUGUUUCACCUGUUAUACUAGCUACUGGGCUCGAUGGGAUUCCUCCCCUAAUCGACAGCUUAUUCAUGAGAUUAUCGACGCUUUUGAAGAUAAUUUGGUGGCGCAAAGGAAGAAGAAGAAACAGGGGUCAACCAGGAAAGAAAAGAGGAAGAACAGCAAAUCAAACUUCGAUCAUAAUAAUAAUAAUCAGGUUUCUGAUAAGAUUAAGGUUAAUGAUGAUGUUACUCGUAAUGGGUCAGAUGGGUCGGGCGGAGUCGGGCCUGAAUUGGGCCGGGUUGAAGAACAAGGAGGUGAAGAUGAAGGUGAUGAUGAGAAGAUGGUAGGUGAUGAAAUGAAACAGGGGUCUGUAAGGAAGAUUGUCAGUUUUAUUGGUGAAAGAAUUUGGGGAAGUGUUUGGGGUUGAGAAAUAUUAAUCAAUAAAAAUUACAAAUUUUAAGGUGGGUUUAAUUUUUGCUAAUUUUAUGUGAAAUAUAAAUCUACUAAAUCAAUUUUUUUUUUUUUUUAGAUGCUCUGUUUCAAAGUUUCAAUCUUGUAUGAUAUACUUCUCCCCUGCUCUUUUUUUGUAUGAUAUAUAUAUGGGCAGUUUUGAUAAUAUUCUCAUAUGAGAUUAGGGUUUUAUUUUUAUUUUUCUACAUCAAAAAAAAAAAAAAAAAAAAGAAGGAAAAAAAGAGGGUAGAAUAUGUACUUCUAUAUGUAAAAAUUAUGUAAUCCAAUCAUGAAUACUAUAUUAGGUUGGAAAUAAAUUGAUUUUUCUUCCUCAUUUAUGGGGGGUUGCUA